UUCACGAAGGUGGCUGUGCGGACUGCGAUUGGAUUUGUGGUGAUGGGAUUUGUUGGCUUUUUCGUCAAGCUUAUCUUUAUUCCGAUCAACAACAUCAUUGUUGGAGCAACUUAGGAUAAUUGAUUUCAUCAUAAGGUUGAAUUAAAUCUCAUCUUGUU